AUGUCUGCCCCAUUGAACUUGUCUAACCCUCAACGCCCCGUGCACGUUGGCGUCAUUCUGAUGAACGGUGUUACUGAGAUCCUCGAUGUUGCACCUAUCGACUUCUUCAGCGGGCUUGGCCAGGUAUUUGCCAACGAGCUCCCUGAUGAAAUAGUCUCGCCCAAGAUCAAGGCCCAGGCCAUUGACUUUCGCUUCCACUGGAUCUCUGAAUCUGGCCCAGCGAAGCCUAUGAAGCUCACUGCUGGAAUCACACUUGAGCCAACCGACUCCUUCGAAAGCGCGCCUCCUCUGGACAUUGUCCUCAUCGGCGCCCACAACAUGGGUUAUCAACCCAGCGAAGUCGAACUGGAAUACGUCCGCAAGGCUUGGGGAGAGUGCACCGCAUUCUUGACCAUCUGCGGCGGCGUUGAGGUGCCGCGCCUGGCUGGCCUCCUUGACGGCAAGACAGCCACCGGGCCUCGGUUCCUGCUGCCUCUUCUCCGACAGCAGAGCCCCAAGACAAAUUGGGUUGAGAAGCGCUACGUCAGCGAUGGCAAGCUGUGGACGAGCGGUGCGCUCCUCAACGGAACUGACAUGCUGACGGCAUUUGCUCAGGAGAUCUGGGGCAAGCACCAGACUGGAGAGGAGGGUUCUCUGGUCGGCAUGAUCACCAAGAUGGGCGCCUGGCCAGCUCGCGAUAUUGACUACAGAGAUGUUGUUGGGCCCCUUUAA